CCCCUUUUAGCAUACUGACCAGCCCUGGCAACGGAGCUCAAGGCAUCUUUGUGCCACUGUUCAACAGUGAGUGACGUCAUGGGCACGGCCAGGUCUUUAUCAGUUCUGCCGGAUAAAUAGCCAACCGCACUAGGUCUGGAGAGACAGCAAGGUGCUGUGCGGCAGAGCGUUUGGGGUCUCAAAGAAGCAGUGGCCACCACCAUGAGUGCAGGCCCCGACCACUCCUACUUCUCCGGCAAUCACUGGUUUGUCUUCUCGGUGUACCUUCUUACUUUCCUGGUGGGGCUCCCCCUCAACCUGCUGGCCCUGGUGGUCUUUGUGGGCAAGCUGCGGCGCCGCCCGGUGGCCGUGGACGUGCUCCUGCUCAACCUGACCGCCUCAGACCUGCUCCUGCUGCUGUUCCUGCCUUUCCGCAUGGUGGAGGCAGCCAAUGGCUUGAACUGGCCCCUGCCCUUCAUCCUCUGCCCGCUCUCCCGAUUCAUCUUCUUCACCACCUUCUAUCUCACCGCCCUCUUCCUGGCAGCUGUGAGCAUUGAGCGCUUCCUGAGCGUGGCCCACCCACUAUGGUACAAGACCCGGCCGAGGCUGGGACAGGCAGGUCUGGUGAGUGUGGCCUGCUGGCUGUUGGCCUCUGCUCACUGCAGCGUGGUCUAUGUCAUAGAAUUCUCAGGGGACAUCUCCCACAGCCAGGGCACCAAUGGGACCUGCUACCUGGAGUUCCAGAAGGACCAGCUAGCCAUCCUCCUGCCCGUGCGGCUGGAGAUGGCUAUGGUCCUCUUUGCGGUCCCCCUGAUCAUCACCAGCUACUGCUACAGCCGCCUGGUGUGGAUCCUCGGCAGAGGGGGCAGCCACCGCCGGCAGAGGAGGGUGGCGGGGUUGGUGGCGGCCACGCUGCUCAACUUCCUUGUCUGCUUUGGGCCCUAUAACGUGUCCCAUGUUGUGGGCUAUAUCUGCGGUGAAAGCCCGGCGUGGAGGAUCUACGUGACGCUUCUCAGCACCCUGAACUCCUGUGUCGACCCCUUUGUCUACUACUUCUCCUCCUCUGGGUUCCAAGCCGACUUUCAUGAGCUGCUGAGGAGGCUGUGUGGGCUCUGGGGCCAGUGGCAGCAGGAGGGCAGCAUGGAGCUGAAGGAGCAGAAGGGAGGGGAGGAGCAGAGAAAGGACCGACCAGCUGAAAGAAAGACCAGUGAACACUCACAGGGCUGUGGAACUGGUGGCCAGGUGGCCCAUGCUGAAAGCUAGGUCCUCCGGGGGAGGAGGGUAUAGCUGGCACUUCCUCGCUCACACCAGGAGGGACUUGGAGUGGCGAGCUGGGGCCCGAUGGGGCUUGGGGGAAGAAUAAACAUCUAGCCUCCCUAAGGGUGUGCACACUAAAGCCCAGCUCUCGAUCUCACCUCCAUCCCCAACCACUCACACACUAUGGAUUGGGCUCUGGGAAGGGGUCAGGGUGAGAGGGUGCUCUGGAGAACAAUGAGGUCCUCAUAGCAGCAGGCAGCUCCUGUGUUUUCUUGAGAGUGACAGAGGAGCUAAGAGCAGUGCCCAGGGUCUGAGGGGGCUGCCCAGUGAAUGGCGGGGCAGGAGAGAGGAGAACCCCAUCCUCAGAGCUGCUCCCAGCCAGCGAGUCAGGAGCGGGGAAGACAGGGCUCCAGGGAUGAGGCCGCAUUCUGCUCCCACAGUGCCUUUUCCAGAAAGUUCCCAUUGCCAAUAAAUGUGGAUCAUCAGAGACAUUUAUGAACAAUGACAGAAGAAAAAUUACCCAAAUAAAUGUGGAAGCAAGCAAAAGAGAACAGUGUUUCCUUCUUCUCCUGUUUUGUUCUGGUGGUGUGCUUGAGCCGGGUGGGACUGGAAGAUGGAAG